GCGUAGUGUCGUGUUUGAGGUUAGACGGAGACGCAUCUUCUCUCUAAAGCUUUCCGGAUGUUCUUACCCCGCAAGGGUGGAAUAUUAAAAAAAAAAAAACAAAGGGAGAGAAUGGGAGAUGUACGAGGAGAGAUAUCUCUAGGUGAAGUUUUCUCGUGCGGUGCUGGAUAUUCGCCUCGUCGCUUACAUUUUCCUGGAUGAAAAGAGUCGCACUUCGGGAAACAUUCAGAGACGGGAGAUAUCUCUGUUUAACCUCCUCUGGUCACUUGAACGCGUGACGCAUGGGAGACAAGGAACACCUGAGACAUGUCGGCAAAGGCAAUUCGCGAGGCGACCGGCAAGGACCUCAUCGUCAGGAAGCUGAAGAAGGGAACUAGACUUGCGAAGUGCAGAUUCGUCAGCGUAAAGGACGACACCGACUGGGCCGAGGCUGUUGAGGAAAAUCCAUGGCUGUUGACCGAACGACUGGUUGUCAAGCCCGAUCAGCUUAUCAAACGACGUGGCAAGCUUGGUCUCAUCCACGUAAACGCCGACCUGAAGGACGUUAAGAAAUGGAUUGCAGAUCGCAUGAACAAGGAGCAGAAGGUCAGCAAGGCCACCGGCAAGCUGAAGAACUUCAUCGUCGAGCCCUUCGUGCCCCAUCAGCAGGACGAGGAGGCUUAUGUCUGCAUUUAUUCUCACCGAAAGGCGGAUACUAUCCUCUUCCAUCAUGAAGGUGGAGUCGAUGUAGGGGACGUCGACGCAAAAGCUCUUAAGCUUGACGUUCCUGUUGGCUCCAAUACUCUGCCAGACCGGAAGGUCAUCGAAGAGAAACUUCUGCCUAAUGUGCCUGAGGAGAAGAGAGAAAUGGUAGCUGAAUUCAUCGAAGCGUUGUACAAACUGUACGUUGAUUUGUACUUUACCUACCUGGAGAUCAAUCCGUUGGUUGUCACCGAUGAUAGCAUUUACAUGCUGGACUUGGCAGCGAAGCUUGACACCACUGCUGAUUUCAUCUGCAGGCCUGAUUGGGGUAAUAUCGACUAUCCUCCACCCUUUGGACGGGAUGCUUAUCCAGAAGAAGCGUAUAUCGCCGAUUUGGAUGCCAAGUCUGGGGCCAGUUUAAAACUGACUAUUCUCAACCCGAAGGGCAGAAUCUGGACCAUGGUUGCUGGUGGUGGUGCAUCGGUCAUCUACUCCGAUACCAUUUGUGACCUGGGAAGUGCAUCGGAACUAGCUAACUACGGAGAGUACUCAGGUGCACCUAGCGAACAGCAGACCUAUGAAUAUGCCAAAACAAUUCUGAGUCUUAUGACUAAGGAGAAACAUCCCGAUGGGAAAGUCCUUAUCAUCGGAGGUGGCAUAGCAAACUUUACUAAUGUCGCAUCGACAUUCAAGGGUAUCGUUAAGGCACUUCAGGAAUUUCAGCCAAAACUAGUCGAGCACGAUGCCAAGAUAUUUGUUAGACGAGCAGGACCUAAUUACCAGGAAGGUCUCCGCAUAAUUCGUGAAGUGGGCAGACGUCUCGGUGUCCCAGUCCAUGUCUUCGGUCCUGAGACCCACAUGACUGCGAUCUGUUCAAUGGCUUUGGGAAAGAAACCCAUACCUGACCCGGAGGCCCAGGAGUUCUCCACGGCUAAUUUUCUUUUGCCUUCUGGACAAGAUGUGAGGACUACCGCUCCCUCUGAGGAUAAAAGAGAAACCAGAGAAAAGGAGACCAGAGCGUGCGACACCAACGAAGUUGACGCUGGGCAGAGCUCCGAACUCUUUGGCAAAACGACCAGAGCGAUCAUCUGGGGAAUGCAGACCAGAGCUGUACAGAGCAUGCUGGACUUCGAUUUUGUCUGUCGAAGGACAGAGCCUUCGGUGGCAGCCAUGGUUUAUCCCUUCACCGGAGACCAUAAGCAGAAGUUCUAUUGGGGCCACAAAGAGGUUCUGAUUCCCGUUUACAAGCAAAUGAAGGACGCGAUGGCGAAGCACCCAGAUGCAGACGUCAUGGUGACGUUCGCCUCCCUGCGCUCGGCCUACGAGAGCACCGUCGAGACCCUGCAAUUCCCUCAAAUCAGGACCAUAGCCAUAAUCGCCGAGGGUAUCCCCGAGAAUAUGACAAGAAAGCUGAUCCUUUUCGCCCACCAUAAGAACGUUACCAUCAUCGGACCGGCCACAGUCGGUGGGGUUAAACCAGGGUGUUUUAAAAUCGGCAACACCGGCGGCAUGAUGGACAAUAUUCUUCACAGCAAGUUGUAUCGUCCUGGAAGCGUCGCCUACGUGUCCCGAUCAGGAGGGAUGUCGAACGAACUUAACAACAUAAUUUCUAAGGCUUCAAACGGAGUCCUGGAAGGAGUGGCCAUCGGUGGAGAUCGUUAUCCUGGGACGACCUUCAUGGAUCACAUAAUGCGCUACCAGAAUAACCCGGAGGCCAAACUGAUCGUUCUUUUGGGUGAGGUCGGUGGCGUGGAGGAGUACGAGGUCUGUGAGGCCUUGAAGUCGAAGAAGAUUACGAAGCCCUUGGUGGCAUGGUGUAUCGGAACCUGUGCCAGUAUGUUUACCUCGGAGGUCCAGUUUGGCCACGCUGGUUCCAUAGCCCAGAGUAAUCUGGAAACAGCAUCCGCUAAGAACGCUGCUCUGAAGGAAGCUGGUGCUUACGUGCCAGAGAGCUUCGACAGCCUUGGAGAUCUCAUCCAGUCCGUUUACCAGGGACUGGUAAAGAAUGGUACCAUUGUCCCUGCUCCGGAACUCCCGCCACCAACCGUUCCGAUGGACUACAGCUGGGCUCGUGAAUUGGGAUUAAUCCGUAAGCCAGCCUCCUUCAUGACGUCGAUAUGCGACGAGCGUGGCCAAGAAUUACUCUACGCUGGUAUGCCAGUUACCGAGGUGCUGAAGUCGAACCUAGGCAUCGGAGGCGUGGUGUCCCUUCUUUGGUUCCAACGGUGUUUGCCACCUACUUAUUGUAAGUUCCUGGAGAUGUCUCUGAUGCUGACGGCCGAUCACGGCCCAGCAGUGUCCGGUGCCCAUAAUACAAUAGUGUGCGCAAGAGCUGGAAAGGAUCUGGUCAGCUCCUUAGUCUCGGGUUUACUGACCAUCGGCGACCGAUUUGGCGGAGCACUCGAUGGAGCAGCACGCAUGUUCUCCGAGGCCUACGAUGCCGGUCUACACCCCCAGGAGUUCGUCAACAACACCAGGAAGAAAGGUGAACUCAUCAUGGGCAUCGGACAUCGAGUCAAGUCUAUUAACAACCCAGACAUGAGGGUCAAACUGAUCAAAGAAUACGUCCUGGAGAAUUUCCCAGCGAAACCACUAGUCGAAUACGCUCUAGAGGUCGAGAAGAUCACUACUGGGAAGAAGCCUAAUCUGAUCCUGAACGUGGACGGCGUUAUCGCGUGUGCCUUCGUCGACAUGCUCAGAAACAGUGGAGGCUUCACCAGGGAAGAGGCUCAGGAGUACAUUGAGAUCGGUGCAAUCAACAGUCUCUUUGUACUCGGCAGGAGUAUAGGCUUCAUCGGUCAUUAUAUGGAUCAGAAGAGGUUGAAGCAGGGUCUCUACCGUCACCCCUGGGACGAUAUAUCGUACGUUCUUCCAGAGCAGUACAACUGUUGAACUGGAUGACAGUAGGCGAGCACUGGGGAUGACUUCGACUGCUUAAUCGGAGAAACCGAAUGCAAGUAGUUGUGGCGCCAAGUGGUAGAAGAGUCCUCCAAUGGAGAUGCAGAGCUAUUGUACCCCUGGAGCUCGUGGCCGAGAUUCUAAAGAGGUUACGCCGGUCUCGGUUAAACAUUCCACGCCGUUGCAUUUCUCACCCCGAGGACAAGCGAGGAAAGGACUGCGUCCCUCGCGCGCCGUCCCCCGUCCCCACCAUGACUCGUAGUCCUUAAUAAUUUCCUGUAAAUAGGUAUAAAUUACACCGAGCGCCUCGUUUGCGGAGCACAAAUCGUACCGGGUCGCAACCUAACCUCAUCGCGAUGGGGCGAUCGCGCUAUAUUUAAGAAUAUCCAAUGCGCGUACGCUGCACAAGGCGGGCCCUUUGAAAGCUGGGGAUCAUUUGCACUCGUGUAGGGCAGUACGUGUAUAAUAUUUAUGUACCGAUUAUCGCCUAAGUUUCUUUCGGAUUAACGUUGCCAGCUUGGUCGUCCGCGAAAUUAUUUUGUUAAUCGUAGGUCAAGUCAAAAUGGUUGUUAAAUGUAUUCUCAUUAUGCGUAUAAAUAACGGAUGUAAAUGCUCGGGUUUAUUGAGAAAGAAUAAGAAACGAUAUAAGGAAAAAAAAAAAAAGAAGAAGAAAUAAAGAAGAGUAACCGAGUUUCCUCCUUUAA